AUGGCCUCGAAUGAUUUCGUAUUAUCCUGCCAAUGGCUCCGCUGCGAGGCCAUUCUAAAUAUUUAUCCCGAUUUUCGUCAGCAUCUUCUGGAGCAUUUACAGAUGGAAUGGAAUUCUCCUUCUAAUAUCUUUUGUGGAGUUUGUGGUGACCUGUUGGGUCGAGAUGAAAGCGCUUAUAGACACAUCUACUUUCAUGCCUGGUUGGUGUAUCUGUCUGCUAGAGGUAGUUUUUAUCAGACCUCCGAGAAAUUGCCGCCUUGUAAGCUUCCCGAGGACUUCAGCUCCAUCCCUGAUUUUCCCACACCUUUUUGCUGUGCCUGGAAAAAUUGUUGCUUUCAAACAAAUGAUGUGGCUAGUCUCUAUUCGCAUGUCUCCAAGCACCCACAGAUAUAUAUGCUAGGCGGCAGUGAUGAUGACAAAGACCAACAGUACGCCUGCCUUUGGGAUGGUUGCUCCUUUUCCUGCUCCCGCCUUGGCAACCUCGUCGCUCACCUGCGCUCGCAUACCCAAGAAAAGGUCGUCGCGUGUCCGCAAUGCGGCCUCCUCUUCACCGCACGCACCAAACUCCGCGAUCACCUCGUUCGCCAGCACCAGACUGAGGAUCCCACCUCCUCAACUGCUACCUACCAAUGCGCCUACUGCCUACGCUGCUUUGGCAACAAAUCUCUUCUGCAAGCGCAUGCCAACCGGCAUAUUAAUAAGCAUAUCUGCCCGCUGUGCAACCUGACUUUGCAUAGCAAAAGUGCCGUCAAACGUCACAUGCUUUUUCGUCACACGAACAAGGCUAGUGUAUCCUGUCCCCACUGCUCGGCUAGUGUCAAAGAUGCGCAUUCCUUGGACUCGCAUAUCUCUCGGUGUCAUCAACAGUCCAACUCCUCGAAUUCGGUUUCGGCUGUGGAAGGAAAACGCUCUCCUGGCGUUGGGUCACAGCGCUCCACCACAGUCACCCCAAUCGGUCCACUAGCCAUCGCCGGGUCUCCCAGUCUCGGCGGAGGUCACCUCUUCCCUCUACAGACGUCCACACCCACUGCCACUGCAUCGGUCAAGACGACUGUCUUUCGGUGCUCCGUAGAGGGCUGCAAGUUCUACUCCGCUACACGACCCGGUCUCUGUGUCCACAUGACUAGAAAGCACCCGCCCGAGGAGCCACAGGGUAACUACGCCUGCCACCUUUGUCCCAUGCGAACCACAAAAGGCUUCCUACUCUCACGCCAUCUCAUUAGCAAGCACAAUCAUCAGCGUCCCUUGGGACACUUUCGUUUCAAUUACAUCCUCUGCCCCGAGGACGGUCUCUAUCGUCUGCAGACCACACGGCUGGACUCCAUGGAAGUGGCCACAGCCCUUCUUGGUCCCCAGACAGUCGACCAACUGCUCAUGGGUGGUGUCACCGAGCAAGUGAAGCGACCUCAUUACCUUAAUGCCAUUUUCAUUGCUGCAAGAGCACGAGCCGACUCCCUCUAG